AACAAUCCCUUGUGCGUAAUUUUCGUAUUUUUUAGCGGCAUUGCGUCGUGUGUGCGUCGUAUUCAAAGUUUUUCCUGUUUGAUUCUGGUGAAAAAGACGGACCAUAUUCCGAUUGUGUACCCCAGAAGCGAUAAAACUAGCAGGAACAGUUCGAGACCACGAUGGAUUUCUUAGAGUACUCAUCCAUUAGCUCGGAAGUCCGGGGAGCGAUGUGCUCCGGUAAGCUGAAGAUGACUGAUACGUCGAUCGUUUUCAAGAACGAAAAAACCGGAAAGGUGGAACAGAUCAACGCAUCGGACAUUGAACUGAUCAACUUUCAGAAGUUUGUUGGCAGUUUCGGAUUGAGGGUGUUUAUGAAGAAUGGGCUGCUUCAUAGGUUCAUUGGAUUCACCGGGGAUGAGCAGAAGAUUGCGGACUUUGUGAAGAAAAACUACAAGCUGGAUAUGCUGGAGAAAGAGCUUUCGAUGAGAGGCUGGAACUGGGGUACGGUUCACUUCAAGGGGAGUGUGCUUUCGUUUGACGUGGAGAGCAAAACCAGCUUCGAAAUUCCGCUGAAUCAUGUCUCGCAGUGUAACAGCGGCAAGAACGAGGUGACGGUGGAAUUCCAUCGGAAUGAUGACGCUCCGGUGAGCCUGAUGGAGAUGCGCUUCCACAUUCCCACGUCGGAGUCGGUGGAAACGGAUCCGGUGGAAGCCUUCCAGGAGCAGGUUAUGAAGCAAGCUUCGGUCAUCUCCGCUACCGGCGAUGCGAUUGCCAUCUUCCGAGAGAUUCACUGUCUUACGCCGCGUGGUCGCUACGAUAUUAAAGUAUUCCAGAGCUUCUUCCAGCUGCACGGUAAGACGUACGAUUUCAAGAUUCCGACGUCGUCGGUGUUGCGACUGUUCCUGCUUCCACACAAGGACAAUCGACAGAUGUUUUUCGUCAUUUCGUUGGAUCCUCCGAUCAAGCAGGGUCAGACGCGGUACCACUUCUUGGUGACGCUGUUCCAGAUGGACGAAGAAACGAAUAUCGAGCUGCCGUUUACGGAGGAGGAGCUAAAGGAGAAAUACGAGGAUAAACUGACCAAGGAACUGGCCGGACCGGUGUAUGAAGUGCUGGGCAAGAUCAUGAAGGUUAUCAUUAACCGGAAGCUGACCGGACCGGGGACUUUUAUUGGUCACUCGGGAACUCCAGCGAUCGGUUGCUCGUACAAGGCCGCCGCCGGUUAUCUGUACCCACUGGAGCGAGGUUUCAUCUACGUGCAUAAACCACCGGUUCACAUUCGGUUCGAGGAAAUCCAGUCGGUUAACUUUGCCCGUAGCGGUGGAUCGACUAGGAGUUUCGAUUUCGAAAUCGAACUGAAAACUGGAACCAUCUACACGUUCAGCAGCAUCGAGAAGGAGGAGUACGGCAAGCUGUUCGAUUUCAUCUCGUCGAAGAAGUUGCACGUCAAGAACACCGGCAAGGAUGGCAAGAACAACUACAAGGAGGACUUUGCCGAUUCGGACAACGAGGUCGAACCGGAUGCCUAUCUGGCGCGCGUCAAGGCCGAAGCAAAGGAACGGGACGAUGACGACGAUGGAAGCGAAUCGGAGGAAUCGACUGAUGAGGACUUCAACCCCAAUCAGCAGGAAUCGGACGUUGCCGAAGAGUUUGACUCGAAUGUGGAAUCCACAUCGGAUGAAGAUUCCGAAGGUGGCGACGGCGGUGGCUCGGAUGGUGCUGUAAAGCAGAAGAAGGAGGAGAAAAAGAAAGAGAAGAAGGAAAAGAAGAAAGAGCGGAAGGAGAAGCCCAAGAAGUCCAAAUCCGGAGGGCCGAAACGUCCGGCGACGGCUUUCAUGAUAUGGUUGAACGCCACUCGGGAGAGCAUUAAGAAGGAAACUCCUGGAAUCUCGGUAACGGAGAUCGCCAAGAAGGGAGGCGAAAUGUGGAAGGAAAUGAAGGACAAAUCCGAGUGGGAGUCUCGGGCGGCGAAGGCAAAGGAAGAGUAUGUAGAAGCAAUGAAGGUCUACAAGGCAUCGGUAGGUGCUGGCAGUGGCGACGAAGCCGACAAGAGCACGUCCGCCGUGAAGAGGAAGAAGGAAACCUCUUCGCCGAUGAAGGGUGGCAGCUUCAAGAGCAAGGAGUACAUCUCGGACGAUGACUCGAGCAGUGAGGACGAUAAGAAGGAUUCCAAGAAGGCGAAGAAGGGUGACGAUAAGGGCAAGAAGGCCGGCGAUGGGAAGAAGAAAUCUGAGAAAACCGAAUCGGAGCCUGAAUCGGAAGCAGCUGGCAGUGGAUCCGAGGAGGAGGAGGAGGACGAUGCGGGCAGUGAUUGAGUUGCCAAGCAUUCGCAGGCAAGUAUCUACCUACCUAUCUCUUCAGCUACACCUUUUCUCGGCUCGUUAUUGAUUAUUUGAGUUGGAAUCAAUCCUAAGGAUUAGUAUUAGGGAGCACAUAAUCGUUUUACUGUAUCGAAUAAGGUUAUAUAAAUAAGAUAACAAUGAUGAUUUACCUGUACAAAUUCUG